CCUCGGCUGGAAACUGGAAAGUUCACAGGGACAAUGAAACGUGGCAAAGAACCAUUGGUUCGACUUCUCAGCAACCAUGGUCCGUGCCAUCACAGAAGCACACAUCCCAUUCAAUAGCUUGAAAUCAAAUCAUCGGCCAAAACCCCAAACUCCCCGAUCAAGAAUGUCUGCUUACUCUAACCCCCACGAAAUGUAAAGGCAUCUUCGAAAUCUAAGAAUGGAUUUCGUCGAAUUGGAAGCGAUCGAGGGCCUCCGGUGGACGUGGCACUCAUGGCCGACGACCAAAACAGAGACCGCGUCCCUCAUAAUCCCACUCGCCAUCAUGUGCACGCCACUGAUGCAAUCUGAGUCAUCGGAGCUCCCGCUACUCUCCUACGAACCCCUCGUAUGUGCCAAAUGCGCUGCCGUUUUGAAUCCUUAUGCUCGAGUUGACUACCAGUCCCGUACCUGGUGCUGUCCAUUUUGCUUUAAUCGGAACCACUUCCCCAGAUCCUACGACGGCAUAACUGACACUAACCUUCCCGCUGAGCUCUUCCCCACUUACAGCUCAGUGGAGUACGAGAUUGUUCGCAAUUCCACCUCCAAUGUCUAUGGUACUACUCCUAGUGGGUUCGGUAUGUACUCUUCCUCGUCCGGGUCUCUGUCGUCGAUGGGAUCGGUGGGUUCUUUGGCGCAGGUCGGCGGUGGCGGUGGGGUGGUCAGGAGGUCAGGUCCAGCUUUUGUGUUCGUGGUGGAUGCGUGUAUGGCGGAGGAGGAGUUGAGUGCGGUCAAGAAUGAGUUGUUGCGGCUCGUGGAGCAGUUGCCGGAGAACACUUUGGUAGGGUUGGUAACGUUUGAUUCGAUGGUUAAGGUGCAUGAUCUUGGGUAUGGGGAGUGCUCAAGGGUUGUGGUUCUUCAUGGCGGUCGUGAGCUUUCAGCUGAGCAGACACAGCAGUUUCUUGGCAUUAGUCGUAUUAAGCAACGGCAUGUUGGGAAGAUACCAGUUAUCCAAAAGCACGGUUUUUUGCUAACUGUAUCUGAAUGUGAAUUCAACUUAACUACUGCAAUUGAAGAAAUUUCUAAUUCAGCAGAAGUCAUGCCCGGGCAUCGCCCUCAAAGGUGCACAGGAGCGGCCAUAUCAGCUGCACUUGGACUUUUGGAAGGAUGCCUAAUUAAUAAUACAGGCUCCCGAAUCAUGGUCUUCACUUCUGGGCCUGCAACUUUGGGCCCUGGAACUAUUGUAGAUUCAGAUCUUAGUAAAGCUAUCAGAACUCACAGAGACAUUGUUAAUGGCCAUUUGCCUUCCUAUAGAAAGUUGUGCUCUUUCUACAAACGUUUUUCGCAGAGAUUAGUUGAUAUUGCUGCUGUUCUUGAUUUAUUUGCUUGUUCUCUUGAUCAAGUUGGAGCAGCAGAACUAAAAGCUCCUGUUGAACGAUCAGGUGGAUUCAUGAUGCUAGGGGAGUCGUUCGAGUCUGAUCAAUUCAUAAAAUGUUUUCGGCACAUUUUCAAUCGCGACAAAGAGGGACAUUUGAAGAUGUAUUUUGACGCAACCCUUGAGAUAGUGACAACUGAAGAUGUAAAAAUUUGUGGAGCCCUUGGGCCUUGUGUUUCUCUUCGGAGAAAGAAUAGUUUAGUCAGUGACAAUGAAAUUGGGGAGGGUGGCACUUAUAUGUGGAAGUUGGGUACUCUGACUAAUAAAACAUGCAUUGCUUUCUUUUUCCAAGUGAGUGACGAUCGAAAACCCCAGCCUGGAUCAGCAUUUUUUAUACAGUUUAUAACAAAAUACCAGCAUGGGAACUUGGAAAUUCGCAAAAGGGUGACAACUGCUGCAAGACGAUGGGUUGGGAGCAAGUCAUCAGAAAUUUCUACUGGAUUUGAUCAAGAAGUAGCAGCUGUAGUCAUGGCUAGACUUGCCAUCAACCGUGCAGAGAGUUGUUAUGCCCGAGAUGUUAUCAGAUGGCUUGAUGAUGCGCUUGUUCGUUUUACAUCUAAGUUCGGUGAUUACAUUCAGGAAGACCCAUCUUCCUUCCGUUUGUCCUCUAACUUCUCCCUUUAUCCCCAAUUCAUGUUCUAUUUAAGAAGGUCCCAAUUUAUUGAUGUCUUUAACACCACUCCUGAUGAGACUGCUUUCUUCAGGCUGAUGCUAAACCGUGAGGGUGUUGUGGGUUCUCUUAUAAUGAUCCAACCUACACUUUUUCAAUAUUCAUUUGAUGGCCCUCCUAUUCCAGUGCUCCUUGAUGUUCGCUCUAUCUCUCCUGAUACUAUAUUGCUUUUUGAUUCUUACUUCCAUGUGGUUAUUCACUGCGGGUCCAAGAUUGCUCAGUGGAGGAAGCUUGGCUAUCACAAGGACCCAAACCAUGAAAACCUGAAAAAGCUGUUGGAAGCCCCGGAGCUUGAUGCAGAGCAAUUAGUGGCUGAAAGAAUUCCAGCACCCAAGCUGAUAAAAUGUGAUCAGCACAGUAGUCAGGCUAGGUUUCUUCUAGCCAAGAUAAAUCCAUCUGUUACUCAGAAUUCAACAUAUACAGAAGGUUUAGAUGUUAUAUUUACUGAUGAUUUGAGCUUGGAAGUUUUCAUAGAUCAUUUGCAGACCCUGGCAGUACAGGGCUAACACAGAAUAGAGUGGUCAUCCUUUUUUUUUGUUGAGUUGAGGAGACUAGCUGGUUGACCAAAAAUAGGUAUGAGUGUAUGACGAAUAUUGUGUUUCUGUUUUUCUUUGACUAGUUCACUAAAAGCAGAGGAACCUAGUUUGGUUUUAGGCUUUCAUUGUAUCCAUUGAGGUUAGCCAGAAUCACUGUGAUUCCGUGAUUUUAGGUAUUGGAGUACAUUAUAUCCUUUUUCAUACUCCUUUUCAUUGCAAUCAACUUGGGGUAUGUUGGACCAGCCUUGGAUGAACAUACUUAGUCUUAAGUGAAAAACGGGGAAUAUGUAUAAUUCGACCAGUCUGGUCGUGCCCUGAGGGGAAUAUGAGACCUUAGCAUUUGAUUUUUUUUUUUUAAACUUUUGACCUGCUUUGAUAGGUUAGGUUUUUAUGUUUCUGGUCUGGAUCGCAAGUUGUAAAAUCUACAAGUUAUGUAAUUCGGUUUCCUUUCUAUGGAGAACAAAAAACCAGUCACCUUGCUGAGCUGAUGGGCAUAGUUUACUUUGAACUUUACUAUGAUUCUAGAGGUUCAGGUUUACUGUUCUGACAAGGAAUGAUAGAGCUAUCCUGCCCAAGUCCUUAUAUCAGAAACAUUCAGAUAUGGUUGUACUGGAUUGGUCAAGCACUAGGAGUUAAACCGUGAAAGUCAUGGAAUCUUAUGAUAACUGGUGGAAGAUAACCGCUUUCAGUAUGUACACAAGCUCUCAGUGUGAUGGAUCUGUUGGAAUCAGAUAGAAGUUCGGCUGAAGAUUGUUUGGGGGCAAUCAAGGGAUGUGCCACAUUUCAUGAUUUCUAGCUCGUGUUUGGGUUUGGGAAAGUAGUGUGGGCUGUAAUGCUAGAAUAUCCUUUACAUCUCCAAAAGCCCUACUGAGAAAGUUGGGAGUUUAGAACAGGGUUUGCCUGGGAGUAAAAUGGAAGGAAAAAACCUGUUCCUUGUUGGAAUUCCAUCAGUUUUGUAGUUUAUUGACAAUGGCGUUCUUCACAAUGCCAAACAAAAUUUUCUCUUGAGAUUUCGUGACUAGAUGGUGCAGAUGCUAACAACUUGGGAAUACCUGAUGGAAACAAAUGGAAUCUGUUUUAAGUAGUUUCACAUUCCAUUGAUGGGCACAAUGGCACAAGUUGAAUGGCGUGUAUCACUCUGGAGUCACCAGGUAUUGCUUCAUUUUUUUAAUAUUUUUUGAAUUUGGUGCAUUUGAACAGCAUUGGCUUAUCUGGUUUUAAAGCUGCAGUCACACAACGGCAUAUCUUCAUAGCAUCAGACUAUGAUAUAAGUAUUUUCUUGUAACUAUUUAAAAUGAUAUCACUACCUCUUGGUUAAUCUUCUGGUUUCUCCGAAUUUUUAGCUAGCAGAGGACUUGAGCAUACUCAUGUCGAUUAACCAUGUAUAACAUAGCAGUUGCAAGUAAUCUUACAUAUUACUUUCUCCGAAUUUUUAACUAGCUAAGGACUUGAACAUACUUAUGUCGAUUAACCAUGUAUAACACAGCAGUAGCAAGUAAUCUUACAUAUUACCUUGCUUCGUUCUUACUGAUCUUUAGUUUGCUUUCCGGCUAGUAGUAUACGAAAUUCAACAUUUUUUUUUCUCUUGGAACAUGCUGUUAGUUAUUUUCCUCAUUGUUGACCUUCUGGCUCAGGCACGAAUAUGACUUAAAGGUUCAGUUUGGGUUGCUGAAUAAUUUCACUUUGCAUUUUUUAGGAUGCAUUGUGAUUUGUAUGAUAUACAGUGAUCCAAAUGUGAACUACUACGCAGCAACUAAUUCUGAAGAGAGAAUAUCCGGGCAGCUGAAUGGUCACCUUGGUAAACCUCUGCAUCACAAUUGCAUAUCUUGCUCCGCGUAAUAUCGGCUUGAUCAAUAUUCUUUUCUGGCGCUUGUUGGAUGUACCCACCACAUGGACGCGAUGUAUAAACUCCAAACGUUUCAGAUUUCAAAUGUUUGUAUAUAGAUUGUCACAUGCGUGGGAACUUUGAGUACUGGAAGAAAUCAUUUUCAAAGAAAAGUUUGAUCCCUA